GUGACGCCAAACUUUACGCGACGUUAGCAGGGGGAUGGCGGAGCCGGGCCCGCGCGGCGUGUCCCCGGGCUCUGGUCCAGUGGAGCCAGAGCCGGGCCCAGGCCCGGGCGACGAGUCCCCAGGCUCUGGUCCAGUGGAGCUGGGCUUCGUCGAGCCGGCGGCCCCGGCGCGGCUGGUGAGCUCGCAGUUCCCCAGCAAGGUGGGCGGGCGGCCGGCCUGGCUGAGCCUGGAGCUGCCGGGCCCCGAGCGGCUGCGGUGCGGCGGAUGCGCGCAGCCGCUGACGUUCCUGCUGCAGGUGUACGCGCCGCGGGGACGCGCUUUUCACCGCUCGCUCCUGAUCUUCUGCUGCGCGCUCCCGCACUGCCCGAAUCGCAGCUUCAUCGUCCUGCGGAGCCAACUGGGGCGGAUCAACGACUUCUAUUCGGCCGAGCCGGAGCCAGAGGCUCCUCUCCGGCCGAUUCCCGGACUCAACCUGUGCCGCGUUUGCGGCGCCUCCGGCCCCAAGACUUGCUCCCGCUGCCGCCGCGCCCGCUACUGCGGGAAGGAGCACCAGAGAGCCGACUGGAAAGCGGGGCAUCGAGCGGUGUGCGGCCAGCCCGGUCACCCGGACGAUGACGGGUUUUCGACUCUCAAUAUCCUUUUUCCCGAGUUCGAGCUGGUGAUGGAGCUUGAGGAAUCGGAGGAUGCGAAGCUGGAAGAGCUCCAAAAGUGCAUGGAUUCAUUGUCAGUACCAGAAAGUGUUUGCAUGUCUGAGGGGAUGGAGGAGCAGGAGCUGGAAGCCAUGGCCAAACAUGCAACAAAAGACCACCAGAUCUUUGCUAAGUUUAAGAAGAGGAUCGCAUCAGAGCCUGAUCAGGUGCUGCGCUACUGCAGAGGAGGAAGCCCAUUGUGGGUAUCUGGUGAUAAUAUUCCCACAGAUAAUGACAUCCCAAAUUGUUCAUGUGGAACAAAGCGUGAAUUUGAAUUUCAGGUGAUGCCACAGUUGCUUAACCAGCUGAAAGUGGAUUGCCUUGGAGAAAGUUUGGACUGGGGAACACUUAUCGUUUACACCUGUGCACAAAGCUGUGACUCUGGCAAUGUGUACGUUCCUGAGUUUAUCUGGAAACAGGAUUUCUCUGCAGAGCAGGUGUAAUCAUCUACUGCACAGGAACAGAACCUAUUGCUUCACAUUUAAGUAAUUACAGAUGUAAUAUCCUUUAUUCCUCUUCUCCCAAUAAUUCCUUGCCACCUCUCCAACCCCAAACACUUCUGUCUUUUCUGGACACUGCUACUGUGAUGGGAAAUGUCUGUUUGAUCACACUUCCAAAAUAUAUGGAGAAGAGGUUUAAACAACUAGCAGACAUUGCUCCAAGAAUUUGUAUACUUAAAAUUAAUGGAGAAACUGACAGUUUAGGGCCUAGUUUGUAAAGGUUGCCAUUUUAUGAACUGAGGAACAAGAUUGUAAGAAUGUACAGAUAAAUAGUAAAUUGUAUUGACACAUUACUUGCUUAUGUCUUUUUAAGCUGUGAUCUUAGUGAUUUGAGUAGGUAGAGCAGAACAUUUUAAAUGGAGACAACAAUUCCAUGCCCUUGUAACAAAUCAAUUAUUGCAUUGGAAUAUUAGUUGAGUAUCAUGGCAAGGGAAUGUUUAGCUCCUGUGUGGAUUCAAAGAAAAUUCACAUGGGUAGCAUGAAACAUGGUUGAUAAAAAAAAUUAUCUGCAA